GUUGUAAGUUGGACUUCGUCGGUGAUGAAAACUGCAAAAUGAAAUGCUAGCUUUUAUGAGACAAAUAAUAAACAUUUCUAGAAAUGUACACAACAAAAACAGAAGUGAUUCUGAAACGAGUAUCACGCUUGUAUACAGGCAUUGCAAACGUAAAAGCAGUAUUAAAUAGUGAACGUUAAGGCAGGUCGAAAAAUACCAAAGAAGAUUAAAGAACGAAUUAAACUGAAAAUGAACGGACCUGAGCGACAUCUCUUCUAAUUCAUGUAUAUAUAUAUAAUUGUUGAGGUCAUUUUGACGGGCUGAGAAUAUGCAAAAAGAGGAUAAAACCAAAAUGCGUAGUUUACAUAUCUUCAUCGUUCUUAAUUUUUUACUGAUGAUAUUCAUUGAAACUGAAAGUCAAAAACUUCCAACGAGAGAUGAGAGUCAGUUCCAUUAUCAGAUGCAGCAAAAGGAGGUGUUUCAUGACUCCAUGCUCUUGCCUGAUGGAGCGGAGAUUCGGGCGUAUCUAUUGGAUCUGGUCGCACGACGGUACUAUUUUCUGGUGGAAGAAGAUGCUACUCCUUUGAUGAUUACGUUAACCCCCUGUGGCAGUGCGGUAGAGUGGAGAGUCAGCGUUCACGAGGCCCCCGUUCAGCACAGCGGUGAUGGCUCGUUCCCAGAAGACGAUCCUUUGCUUGAGCAAGAGGAACACAUUACUCCAAAUGAUAUAGAUGGUGUUACCCUGCAGUAUUUCAAUGCGAAAUAUGGCGCACAGACGUAUCUGAAUGAUCAGUCCCCAGCUGGAAUCUAUGUCAUAGAGGCUAGAUCGAACGGGGGAGAUUGUGGGGUGGUGAUCUACGCGACAACUACUCCGUAUUCUGACCAACCAUAUCCUCCAUUGCCUCGAGACCCCCAUGUCCACAUCCUUGCUUCAUCUGCUACAACGGUUACAAUAACAUGGAAGAAAAGUCACGCAAUGUCCGAACCUUCUGAUGUUGAAUAUUGCGUUUCUGUUAACAAAAAGAGGGCGCUGCAAACAAUGUGUUCCGCCCAAGCGUUGCAUAGAUCCGAUCAUUCAAAGAAUAGACUCACAACUGGGUUUGACAUUGUUAGAAACGCACCCCAUAUGUUGGAUCGUGAAAUGGACAACAAUAGACCCGUCUCUUUCAACCCUCACAAAGAUAGAAAAUCAGUUUCCAAUAAGUCUUCUAUUCAGUGUAUCGGCAAAAAGACCACCUACACACACGGGGGGCUAUUGCCCGGAAGAACCUAUUUCUUUGACGUUUUUGUCAUCAGCAAGUCGACAAAUAGAAGCUCAGCGUAUAUUGGUACAUCCAUAAGAACAAAAAGGCCAAAUAUGAUUUCGAAAACCAUAACAGACGGUGUUGUCGAAAAUGGAAUGCUAACGACAAUAAGUAAAGGGAAAAUGUACAAGUUUACAGUAAAUAAGGAUGCAAAGACACUGUUUUUGUCUAUUCAACCUUGUUCCGGAAAGGUCCAUGUUCACCUGUCACAUGAAGGUCGUACAAUGAUGUCAAUGAAGGCAAAGAACUUUAGAUCUGUUCAUUUCCCUAUUGACCCAAGAUCGAAAGAUGAAAAAGAUGCUGUGUUCAAAUUAAGAAUCACAAACACUGGAUCAAGACGCCAAUAUGCUCACUAUCGUCUAUUCAUGAGCACAAAGCCAGAGAACAAUCCCUUCCCAAGUUUGCCAAAUGAUACUACCAUUAAAGUUCUUACAAAAUCAAGAGAUUGCAAAACAGUAACAUUGGUUUGGCCUGGAACAAGGGAGAGGCAAAAAUAUUGCCUGUACAAACGUUCGAUUGCCCUGAGCAACUACACAACUGAAAAUAUUGACAAACUUUCUCUUUUCCCAAAACAGAAUGCAGCCCAACAGUGUGGCUUCACAACAAAUGACGCCAUUGUCGACGAGGUGAAUGAUCGCAAUUUGUGGUCAAAUAAAGAAAAAAUUCUUUGCCGCAAUUUCAGAUAUAAGGAACAGAGGAACACAGUUAUGAAGGCAACGGUCAGGAAUUUAAAGCCCGACUCCAUCUAUGUUUUUGAAGUUGUAGUAACAAAGACGCUGGGCGUUUCUUUGCCAUAUGAACAAUUAUGGAUGCGAACGCCGAAAAAUUGUAAAUAAAGAAAUCAUUAUGGGCGUUCAAUUCGUCAUGGGAAAUUCACUUGUAAAUAAUUCAAUGACCACCAGUGUUAGAUCAUCGAAAUAAAAUCGUUGAAGUUGUA